CGAUGGUUCGGAAUACAGCCUGAAGGCUGCUCUGCUACACAAUGGAAAUGAAAAACCAUCCAUUCCGAUUGCUCAUGCAGUACAAACGAAGGAAUGCUACAACACAAUGCGUAAGAUCUUGGCCAAGAUAAAAUAUAAUGAGCAUCAAUGGAAAAUUUGUGGCGAUCUAAAGGUGAUUGGUCUCUUGAUUGGGAUGCAAUCUGGAUUUACCAAAUUUUGCUGCUUUUUGUGCCUGUGGGAUAGCCGUGCAAUUGACCAUCAUUAUGUGAGAAAAGAUUGGCCAAGUCGUAGUAAUUAUGAGCCAGGAAAACAAAACGUCUCCUCUGCACCACUUGUGAACCCACGGGACAUUUUCCUGCCACCUCUUCACAUCAAACUUGGCCUUAUCAAGAACUUCGUCAAAGCGCUCAACCAUGAGGGACCGGCUUUUCAGUAUUUAAUCAAGUUGUUUCCCAAAUUGUCCUACGCAAAAAUCAAAGAAGGAAUAUUUGUCAGACCUGAUAUUCGAAAAUUAAUGCCCGAUGGGAACUUUACAAAAUGUUUAAUGCCCGAUGAAGCGGCAGCAUGGGCAUCAUUUCAAAGUGUUGUUCACAGCUUUCUCGGUAACCGCAAAUCCCCGGAUUUUAAGCAAAUAAUCCGCAAUUUGUUGCAAAAUUACCGCAAGAUUGGAGCUCGAAUGUCUCUCAAAAUUCAUUUCUUGCAUUCACAUCUCGAUUUUUUCCCUGAAAACUUAGGCGAUACGAGCGACGAGCAAGGAGAGCGGCUACACCAAGAUAUGGCGAAAAUCGAAAGACGAUACCAAGGAUUUUGGGAUGAUGGCAUGAUGAGCGACUACUGUUGGACUCUAAUGCGUGAAACGGAUCCCAAACAAUACAAACGACUCAGUUUUACUGCUCUUCAUUUCUGAUUUAUAACUUUUAAUUGAAUAAUAUAGCCAUUAAUUGUCAAAAAUAAUAAAAAAUGAAUUUAUUGAAUAUCUCGUAAACUAG